AUGGCCCCCAACUUCAACAAAAACACCUCUGGCUACAAUACCCCUGAGUCCGAACUCGAAUCGGUCUUGCCAGUUCACCCAACUGCGGCCCGCCGCCCUCACGCCAUUACUGUUCAGUCGGAGAACACCCUCUAUACCGACGAGCACAUCACCGCCAAGUUCUUCAACCGAGGUGCUGAGGUCAAUGUCACGAAUGGUCAGUUCAACAUCACCCCCACCGUCCAGGAAUACGAAUUCCAAACCAAGCGGACUCCGGGAAAGACUGGGUAA